AUGGAAGAGGCACAGACUCAAAACCCUAACUUGACGUUGAACGAGCAACGGCCAAACCCUAAAACGACACGAGGAAGGCAGAAGAUAGAGAUAAAGGAGAUCAAACAGGAGAGCAAGAGACAAGUCACUUUCUCAAAACGGCGUCGUGGCCUCUUCAAGAAAGCCGCCGAGCUCAACGUCCUCUGCGGCGCCCAGAUCGCUAUCCUCACUUUCUCCCGCUGCGGCAGAAUCUACACGUUCGGUAGCUCCGACGUCGACGCCUUGCUCGAUAAAUAUCUCAACGGUGAUCCGGUUAAGAUCGGGGAAUAUUCCGGCUCCGGAGAUGCUGAAGUGUCGACGGAGGAGCCAUGGUGGUGCCGCCCUGUGGAGAGCAUACCUGAGGCGGAGCUUGAGGAGUAUGUGGCGGCGAUGGGUGAGUUGAGAGAGAACGUGGCGGCGAGAAUCCGGCAGAUGGGUGACCGGACGGUGGAGAAUGCUCCGGUGGGUGUGAAUUCGACCGUUGCCAAUAUGUCGGAGUACAGACCAACGUGGAGGAAUCUGACGACGGAGAAUCAUGGCUCCGUUAAUCUGACGGUCCGGAAUGAUCGGGGGCAUAUUAUGGCCUUUGAGGACGAAGGAUUUGAAGAUCAGUUUCUGACCUAAGACGGGAAUUAGAUUGAAGUGUUUUUUUUUUCCAUGUAUAUUUUAGCUAUAAGCAUUUGAUUUUCUAUAA